AUGUCCUUCGACCGUCUUACGUCGCUAGAAUCGCAGACCGAACCUGCCGGACGAAGCGGUGGUUCAUCAUACCAUGACGAUCCCGACUUCCAGCGUUUAACGGAGUCUCUGUCAAAUCAGUUAUUCACAUUAACGUCAAAUAUAUCCCGCCUAUCGAAUCAAAUUGGCCUCCUUGGAACAAAGCGCGAUACUGAGCGGGUACGAGAGCGGAUACAUAACCUAUUAGAAGAAACCAGAGAUGGCUUUCGGGAGGUCGGGGAGGGCGUUAAGAAGGUCCAGAUGUGGGAGGAUAUAACUCCCGCCCAAAAAUGGACCCAACAAAAACUAUCCUCGGAGUUUAAAUCCACACUGGAAGAGUUCCAAUCGGUUCAACGUCGCGCGCUCGAAAAGCAACGCGCUUCCGCAGCUGCCGCACGCUCAGCUCUCGAGGAUAGUGCCGGCGCCGAGGCGCCCCAGGAAGGCCAGUCCCUCCAGCAAUUACAAGAACAACAACCCCGACUUGCAUCCCAAGCGGAAGUGGAUUUCCAGGAUGGAUUGAUUAUCGAGCGCGAAGCCGAGAUCAGGAAUAUUGAACAAAGCGUGGGUGAACUGAACGAGCUAUUCCGUGACGUCGCCCACAUUGUCCGCGAACAGGGUGGAAAGUUAGACCUCGUUAGCGAGAACGUUGAACGGACCCGAGACGACACCCGUGGCGCCGACAGAGAAUUGCGAAGCGCAAGCAGGUAUCAGAAAAACGCGAGAAAUAAAGCUUGCUGUCUUUUGCUUAUCCUAGCGAUUGUGCUGGUCAUUAUCGUCUUAGCCGUAGCUCUCGGAUGA